AAGUAAACGUCUGGCCGCUGUGGUAACGAUGACGGGCGGAUGUGCACAUAGCGUAGAACGCCUUCGCUGCGUCCUCUCUCUCGUCUUCGCCGCCCAUAUAACCCCCGAUGCGAGGCGGUGGGGAUGCAGGCGGAGAUGGAGUCCGAGAUAGAGCGGCUCCCGGUCGACCUCCUCGCCCACAUCUUCUCUCUCACCCUCUCGUUCAAGGAUUUGGCACAGGCGAGCGGAGUCUGUCGGAAGUGGCGGCGAGGAGUGGUGCAGUCGCUGGCGAGGAAGGAGCGACUCAGCUUCGCCGGGUGGAAUGUCGAUGACGAGUCCGCCUCCAGGGUCGUGCGGGCUGCCUACAAUAUCACGGAGCUGGAUGUUUCCAGGAGUUGCUGGGGUUGCCAGAUAACUGACCUAGGGCUGUAUAAGAUUUCACAAACAAAAUGCGUUGGUAAUCUAUUAUCAAUAUCGCUGUGGGGCGUGGCCGGAAUCACUGACAAAGGAGUAAUUCAAUUGGUGUCAAGAGCUAAUUCCUUACAACACCUGAAUAUUGGUGGUACAUUUAUCACAGAUGAAUCACUGUAUGCUGUUGCCCAUAGUUGUCCACAUGUCAAGACUAUUGUUCUAUGGAGUUGUCGCCAUGUCACAGAACAUGGCCUCAUCGAGCUUGUCAAUAAGUGUCGUAAACUUGAAGCGAUCAAUGUUUGGGGUAUGAGGGUGCCCGUGGAUUGCUUUGUGAGCUUGCUUGCCAUCAGCCCUGCUUUGAAGAUAAAGCCUAUCACCCAACAACUUGGAGUUGGAAGGAUUUGGCCAGUAGCAUAAACAACUUGACUAGGGUUGUCCAUUCAUUUGUUAGCCAAUGUGCAUAAAUAAGUGUAAUGUUUAUUUGACAUUCAUGAAUAAAUACAUUGUUGUAAUUGUGAAAAGACAAAUUUAAUGACAUUGAAAAAAAAAAUAAUUGGUAUAAAU